UAUCAAAUAUAGUUUUUGUGUUUGAUUCAUAUGUUUGUGUAAUUUUUAGAUUUCAAUAAAAUUAUGGACACCAUUCCCACUUGUAGAGCAUGCUUAAAAACUUCAUUGUCUUAUGUGGAUCUAGAGACUCCUUUCGAGCAAAUAGAACUCGAUACACCAUUGGAAGAACAUUCUAAUGUGCUUAUAACAUACAUGGAUUGCUUUCGAAGUUGUACACAAUUAACAGCUACCGAUAACGAAGGAAAAAUGCCCCAAAAUCUUUGCGAGAACUGUAGUUUUGAAUUAGGAGUUGCAUGGAAUUUUAUUCAGAAAGCCAUACAAUCGGACAAAGUUUUAAACAAUGCAAUAGUGAAUUGUAAAGAGUUGCAAACAAUUGAUGAUUCAAAUGGUUAUGAUAACAAAUAUAUUGAAAUUGAAACAGUAGAUGAUAGAAGUGUUCGAUUAGAAGGGCUCACUAAAACAGAGAGUAAUAAAGAAAACAUUUCCCAAACUGAGGACGAUUUGAAGGAUUAUGUAGCAAUUCAGCAGUUUCCAAACACAGAUAUCAGUUCGAAAUGCAGUACCGAUUUGAACCUUCAAAUUGGUCAGCGUCGUUCUGAACAUUGUAAUUGCGUAAAUAUUGUUGACGGCAAUAUUUUAUAUAUUAAUAAAAUCUCAGAUUUGGUCGAAAACAUUGCAAAAGAAGAAGAAAGAAAUAACAGAACCAUUAAAAAAAGUCCUUCCACAAAUUCAAUGGAAUCUGAACAAUAUUAUUUUCUUGAGUUAAUGGAUAUAUCCGAGAAUGAUGAAGGCAAAAUAAAUGUGAAUUCCACAGAAUGUGACAAUGAUGUCGGGAAAAGCUUAAAAGAAGAUUCGAACAGUUCUGCCAUCUACUGUUCCAUUUGCCUUCAAUCAUUUGAAAAAUAUAGUCAACUUUCACUACAUUCACAAACGCAUUCAGUUGUUGACGAUGAAACCAGCAUUUGCAAAAUAUGUGGGAGCAAUGUGUUUAAGGAGGAUAUGCCAGAACAUAUUAAAAUUACACAUUCAAAUAUUAUUAAGUGCAUGUAUUGUAAUUUUAGAUGUCCAGAGCUUAAUAUGCCAGACCAUAUGCAUUGUACGCAUUCCGGACCAAAGAAUUUUGUUUGUAAUAUUUGCGGUAAGAUAUUUACUUCCUUAAGCAUCUUGAAUUCACAUCUUAAGUACCACCAACGGAAAGAAGCAAACAUAAAAUCAGAUGCGUGUGAAAUAUGUAGCAAGCGAUUUUCCACUAAACAUUAUUUGCGCUUGCAUAUGGAGGUGCAUCGAAACGUACGUCAACUUCAUCAAUGUAAUUAUUGCGAUAAAAUGUAUGUUAGUAAAAUUGCUCUUGAUAAUCACAUUCGCCUUCAUAAAGGCGAAACAAUAAAGUGCGAUGAAUGUGGAAAACAAUUUGUACGCCAGUACGAGUUGAAUGUGCAUAUGCGAUUCCAUACCCGUGACUAUCCAUUUAAAUGUGAAAUAUGUGACAAAAAAUUUGCAAUAAAGGGUCAUUUGCGUACACAUAUGUGGAGGCACCAAGGAUUAAAAUUGCAAUGCGAAGAAUGUGGAAAGUUAUUCACUUCAACCAAAGCUUUGCAAGAACAUUCGUUUGUUCAUAGUGAAAUGCCAUUUCCUUGCAGCUAUUGUGGUCGAGGAUAUCCAUCAAAACAAAAGUUUAAAGUGCAUCUGAAAACUACGCAUCUUAUAGAGUUUACAGAAGCGGAGAUUCAAAAAGUUACAAAAUCUCAAACUCCAAAGCCUUUACAGCGAAAAAAACUAACAUUAGUUCAAGCAGAUAGCGUUAUGAAAGAGGUUGAAGUAAAGGAUAGUGAAAUCACAAACGAGGGGGAGGAUAUAUUGGUAGAGCUUUGCUGACGCAUAUAUUCUGAUGUUUUGUAAACUAAAUAGUUUAUUUAUAACAAAUUUCAAAAAAUAUAUUUGAAGUAAAUUCUUAUAUCCAUAAUGUUGGGUAGCCGAAAAAGUCUUUUCGUAUUUCUUAUCAAACUUCAA